AUGCCUCUUGCUAAAGGCGUCGUCAACAUACUCGGUGUUGCAACUGAAGCAUAUGCUCACCACAAGCAGAAGAAAGAAGCGACAAGCCGAAGCCUGCAACCAUCAGAAGAUUGCUCAAGGUCUUCGACAUCAUCAUCAACAUUAUCGUCGUCGUCGUCGUCACCUGUCGGCUUUGUCGAGGAUGACGACGAUGAAUGGCUUCGGGAUGAAGCGCAAGAACAACUCAAAGAUGGUACCGAGACCGACACCCAGAUUAAGAUGGUGGUUCUACCUCCCAACGUCGAAGCUCAACAAUUCGCCAGCCCUUCACAGUCACCAGGACUGCCGUGUCCCGUCAUCUUGCCGCAAAGACGGCCAGAGAGCAAAUCCAAAGGCUUCGUUCGAGCGUACGCACCUGAUCUCGCUGGGUGCGGGAUCGACCAGGCGACCUGGCUCCAGUUCCUGGCCGACUUCGAACAGUCCGUCAAGGGCGAAGGCUACUUUCACGCCGUCAACCUAUCCAUCGCGGCCGGGGUGCUGACCUACACGGUCGCGGCAGCCACGGUCAAUCCGGCAGUACAUCUGGCCGCAUUCGCCGUGCACACCAGCAUCGAGGCGGGACGCCGGCUGCGCAAUACUCGGGAGAUCAACAAAUACCUCGAGAGCAUGAACGAAGAGCUAUUCAAACCGCGCGGCCUCUACGCUCUUCUCAUGACGUACAAGCCAACCUCGUCCGAGUCCGUGGUUGGCGUCGACAUGAAGCAAAGUGUCGCCUCGUCCAUCAUGUCGCGCAACUCGGGCCAGCGCACCAAGUUCCGCACCGCCAGCGGCAAGACCUACGGCGACGCCGAGCUGCCAGAGUGCGCGCCGCUGGUCUUCCCGGCCCUCGACGCCGCGAACCCGGAGCAGAAGCAGAAUGCGUUCAAGCGCGCCGGCGCCUUCAUGAGCGACUACCGAGACCGACGCGCGCGCGCUCAGUUCGAGCACAACAACCCCGAUUCACGCCUCAACAUCCUCCCGCAGGAGAAAUUCUCCAGCAUUUUCGCCGACCCCAACCACCCCAUCAACAAGGGCGGCUCGCUCAACGUCAUCACCGGAGGCUACCUGUACAAGGGGGCCAAGGCCCUGCGAGACGGCGGCGCCGGCAACGCCCUCCCCUUCAAGUUGGGUCGACAGGCCGGCAAGGAAGGCACGGGAGUCGGAGGGACCAGCGGCCAAUUCGUCAAGAGGAUCAUUGGCGAGAAUGUCUUGUACCUCAUGGUGGUCAAUAUGCCCACGGAAGAAGAAAUGAGACAAGCUGCCCGGUUGGAGGAAAGAGCCAGGGCCAUGUCGGCAGAGUGA